CAGCGGAUGAGGAAGCGCCGUUAGUGCGGCCUUAGCUGCGCCAAAACUGCCCGAAACAGAGAGGCGUAAGCCAAUACUCGAGCCCCAUUGAUCUAUAUUGUAUACAGCGUCAACCUGGGCUGUAGCUAGCGGGCGUCCGUAACAUAUAUCCGUAUGAGAUAAGCUGCCUGUAAAUCAGAUUUCCCCCAGGACUGACGUGCGGUGCAUAUAAGCACUGGGAAUACUGACUUAGACACAUUCCGCUCCAAGGGGCCGCUUCCUGUCACUUGUUGGAACCAUGUCGGACCCCCCAAGUUCCUCCACCCCAUCAUCCUCGGACCCUGCCCGCAUCAUAAAAGUGACUGUAAAAACCCCCAAGGAGAAAGAGGAAUUUGCCGUACCUGAAAAUAGCAGCAUCAGGGAGUUCAAGGAGGAUAUCUCCAAGCGCUUUAAAUCCAGCACAGAACAACUUGUUUUAAUAUUUGCUGGAAAGAUUUUAAAAGACCAGGACACCCUUAGCCAGCAUGGAAUCCAUGAUGGAUUGACAGUUCACCUUGUCAUCAAAACUCAAAACCGAUCACAGGCUGCAACGGCUUCUCAAGCAAGCAGCUCCAGCACAUCCGCUACCAACUCUACAACAUCAAGCAGUAGUACCACUACAACAACAACCACAGGCACUCCUCUUGGCUUAGGAGGUCUGGGUGGGCUAGCAGGGCUGAGCAGCCUGGGCAUGAAUGCAUCCAACUUUUCUGAACUCCAAAGUCAGAUGCAGCAGCAGCUUAUGUCCAACCCAGAAAUGAUGGUUCAGAUCAUGGAGAAUCCAUUUGUUCAGAGUAUGCUUUCUAAUCCUGACCUCAUGAGUCAAUUGAUAAUGGCAAAUCCACAAAUGCAACAGUUAAUCCAGCGGAAUCCAGAAAUAAGCCAUAUGCUUAAUAACCCGGAUAUUAUGCGGCAAACAUUAGAACUUGCUAGAAACCCAGCAAUGAUGCAAGAGAUGAUGAGGAACCAGGACAGAGCCCUGAGCAACUUAGAAAGUAUCCCUGGUGGUUAUAAUGCCCUGAGAAGGAUGUAUACUGACAUACAGGAACCCAUGCUGAAUGCUGCCCAAGAACAGUUCGGAGGCAAUCCUUUUGCUUCUCUUGUAAGCAAUGCAUCAAAUGCAGGCAACCAACCUUCUCGAACAGAAAAUAGAGAUCCUUUACCAAAUCCAUGGGCUCCUCCUUCUAGCACUGCAGGGUCUACAUCCACUGGGAGCACUACAGGAGCAAACAGCACAGGCAGCAGUACCACCACUACAACAAGCUCAACUCUACCUAAUUUGGGAGCUGGCAUGUUUAAUACUCCUGGCAUGCAAAGCUUGAUGCAACAGAUAACAGAGAAUCCUCAGCUGAUGCAGAAUAUGUUGUCUGCACCAUACAUGAGAAGCAUGAUGCAGUCUCUUAGCCAGAACCCUGAACUCGCAGCUCAGGUCAUGCAGAAUAAUCCUCUCUUUUCUGGAAAUCCUCAACUGCAAGAACAGAUGAGACAGCAGCUUCCAUUUUUCCUUCAACAAAUGCAGAACCCUGAAACUUUAUCAGCAAUGUCAAAUCCAAGAGCAAUGCAGGCUUUGCUGCAGAUCCAGCAAGGGUUGCAAACACUUGCUACUGAAGCACCAUCUCUAAUGCCAAGAACAAAUCCACCUUUUGGUGGACUGGGGAGUCCUAAUUCAUCACCUGCAAGUGUUCCUUCCUCUGCGCCCACAGAAAAUUCAAGUCCACUGUCAGGAUUAUCUGAACCAGGGCAUCAGCAGUUUAUUCAACAAAUGCUGCAAGCCCUUUCUGGUGCUAAUCCACAGAAUCAGAAUCCAAAUCCAGAAGUUAGGUUUCAGCCACAGCUCGAACAACUAAGUGCGAUGGGGUUUUUAAACAGAGAAGCUAACUUACAAGCUUUAAUAGCCACUGGUGGAGACAUCAACGCAGCUAUUGAACGACUACUGGGCUCUCAACCAUCAUAGCAACAUUUUUCCACCAAGAAACAAAGUGUAAUUUAUUUUUGAUAAUGGCUCUUCAGUCUGGAUAAAACACCUGCUUUAUUUCAAUCGGACUCACGGAUUACCUUCUUGUUCCAAACCAGAUGCAUUAGAGCUGGGGUUGAAGUCUAGUUGUUUUUCUGAGAAAGUGAGGCUUAGAGGUUUCGUUUGGAUGUGCUGCAUGCAUCAGGCCACACCUGUACCCCUUCUUCCUGUUGCAUUGCCUCGUGAUUUUUUAAAUGAAUAGCUUUUGCAGUUGGGUUAAGCCAGGGAUGUUCAAUCUUUGGCCCUCCAGCUACGGUUGAACAGUUUGAGGCUGGAUGAGACUGAUCUGCAAGGCCACAGCUUGCUUAUCCCUGAUUUAACUGAUUUCAUGAGUCUUUCAGCUGUUAAAAGGUAUUUUGCUUUAAACCAAUAGCCUUCUGUAGUAAUUUAUGUGGAAUACAAACUAUACAGGAAGUAAUAUGUAAGGUUAUAAUUAGUGAUACAAUAUCGCUUUUUGUGACUUCAGCAUGUAUUUUUGCUAGCAUUGUGCUGUAAGAUUCAUAUUGCUUAUUAAUCAUUUGCUUUCACUUUUUUUUUUCCUUGAUUGGGGGGGAUUAAACUAAAAAUGCUCUUUUGCAACAUGACAAAAUUAUUCCUGACAUAUACACACACAUGUAAUCACAAACUUGUCUUUAGGAAAAUAUGGUAUAGCAAGUAUGUGCAACAGAAUCUUGUCAAAUAAAUACGAAGGAUAAUCCUUAACAAGGAACCUUUAAUUUAAAUAGACUUCUAUUUAGUUAAUCACUAUGUUAGUGAUAUUCUGGAACAAAUUGUUAUGCUAUGUCUUGACAAAAUUCCUGUAAAACUGUUUAGUGUAGCUUAUUUUGUAUGACAUUAUGCCAAAUUUAACCAAAUCCAUUCUGAGACACUUCCCUUGUAGUGAAGGCUUUUGAAGUGUGACUGACUCUUGGUGAUCUGUAUGGAGUAGACUGACUUCACUGGGUCUUCUUUUUUUUGCGAUAAUUUUCAAAAUUCACAUGCUAUUUAAAUUCAUUUUAACAGCCUUGUACAAACAGAUAAUCUUGAGUUUUUAUCUGUAGUUAUUUCUCCUUGGCACAGGAAAUAAAAAAACAAACCAUA